AUGAACAGAGGUGUGGUGCGCGGUCAGGAGUACACUGUGGACAAACGCGACGUGUCAAGUGAUGAGCAUUCAGUGGUGGAAGGAGAGAUCCUCGAUGAACCGUACGAGCAAGCAACGGCCAGGUCGUCACUAGAGAACCCAACCGGCAGGGUGGAAUCGCAAGAGUCGCGCAGGGCCUGCCUACGAGCCAGUCGAGCAACGGUCAAAGAUUGGGGAUGCGGGAAGCUCGAUCACCGACACGCGCACGCGAGUCAACCGGCGGCGACUAUUGCGGAAGCAAGGGAGGCGUGUGGUCAGGAGCUCACCGUGGGCCAUUGGGACGCAUCCAAGAACAGCGAGCCGACCGUGGAAGGAGUAAACGCCGAGAAGAUGGGCAAGCAGGGCCGGCGCGAGCUAGCUGAGAGGCAGUCAAGUGAGGGUGAGGGAGCGGAGCGUGGUCAAGACUACAGGCACGCGCCGACGGACGAGCACCUCAAGAACGAGGCCGCAGUUCGUCGGCGACCCGGGAGUAAAGAGCAUGCAAGUAACCCAAGCGACGCGCCUUAA